AUGCGAAUAACAAAAGCCCAAUUUGCAGGUGUGGAUCAAUACAAAUAUUCCGGUGUUGAUAAAUCCGUUUUGAGUAAACAUGUUUUAGGUCCAUUUUGGACUUGGUUGGUCACUUUGUUUCCUAUGAAAGUUGCUCCGAACACUAUCACCUUCAUAGGAUUAUGUUUCGUCAUCACAAACGUCUUUACUUUGUUAAUACUCGAUCCUACGUAUUCUGGUAAAGAUUUACCUUCUUGGGUAUAUCUCUCCUGGGCGAUAGGCCUUUUUGCAUAUCAAUCCAUGGAUGCUAUUGACGGUAAACAGGCUAGACGAACGGGCAUGUCUUCUGCCCUAGGAGAGAUGUUUGAUCAUGGAUGUGAUGCAAUCAAUACCACCCUCGAGGUCGUUCUAUGUUCCCAUGCUUUAGGACUCGGAAGGAGUUGGUGGACUGUUGCCAGUCAAACUGCCAGUCUUUGCAAUUUCUAUGCUUCUACUUGGGAGGAAUAUCACACCGGUACACUCUACCUCUCCGCUUUUUCCGGACCUGUCGAAGGUAUUCUUAUGAUCUGCGCUAUCUACCUCAUCACCGCCAUCCAUCCUCUCGGUUCAGGCUUUUGGCGUCAACCAGUAGUAACACUCUUACCCGGUGACAUGGCUUUGCAUACGGCUCAGUGGCUUGAUAAGAUAUUGGGGUUGGAAGGAAAGAUGAAGUUGGAAGGUGUAGGAUUGAAUGUUUUGUUCAUGUCUGUCGGAGCUUUGGGAACAGUGGGAAAUAUAGUGAAUAGCUACUGGAACGUCCUGGUCGCUAGGAGAAAAUCCAAUAAACCACUUCUCACCCCUUUACUUGGUUAUCUGCCUUUCCUCGUUCACACUUUGGUACUUGUCGCUUGGUUGCAAGCCGAGUUACGGGGUGGAGUUUCUUUAGUACAUGAUGCUAGGUUGUUACCUUUUCUAGGGUAUUGGGGUAUGAGCAUGUCAUACCAAGUCUCACAACUCAUCCUCGCCCACGUCACCAAAUCCCCUUUCCCCUAUUGGAACGGUAUGAUGGUAUAUUCACUCUUUGGAGCUAUCGAUGCCAACGCUCAAUUCUUAUUCGGUCGAGAUCCUUUGGUUCAGAGUUCGCCGACGGCUGCGAAUGUUUUCAUUUGGAUGAGUUUCAUGGUGGCUUUGUUGAAUUACGUCAGGUUUGCGAGAGAGGUGAUAUGGCAAAUAUGUGAAUACACUGGUAUUGCAUGUUUCACCGUUCGACGUAAAGAUGUUAAUGGACAAUGGGUCGAUAGUUCUUCAUUGAAGAAGGAGUAGGGUAGAGGGUAAACUGUCAGUGGUGGUACCAUGGUACUUGGUGUGGUGUUUGGAUAUGCACGUGUAGAGAGGUAACUCAUGUACGACACCCGAGCUGCGAUGACGGCAUUGAUGGUCGGGGUCGGGUGGAAGGGUGGAUGGAUGGGGUGGUAUGAUACGAUGAUAAAAUGUUAUGGGGAGAUGGGGGACGGGGUGGUACGACGGCUAAGUAGAGACGGAUUUCAAGGGAUAAGUGAUGCAUCUUACAUGUUACAUCU